AUGGGUGAUGCCAAUACUUCUCCAAUUGAGGUAGAUGCUAAUGCUGAGACGCGUAGUGCCUAUCUUGUCCGCAGUGUACAUGCCCUGCUAAUAAGGAACAGUCAGGCAGAAUUGAAUGCACGUGCUCCUGCUUCCAACGAGCAGUGUCCAUCAGCACUCGCCCAGUUCAUGGGGACGUUGACGAUCAACUAUCAGUCAUGCGUCCUCAUCGUAGACAAUCCUGGGGCAGUUUCUUUUCAAGAGAAAAUACCGCAGCAAGGUAUACCAAGUAAAGGUGAUCAAGAAAUCGGUGUUAAAAAGACUACUCUGGAUUAG